AUGUGGCACAGUCUACUGGCUAUCAAUCCUCACAAGAGUCACCAACGUCUUAUUCAUCUGCCAGCAGUCGACAAACAACAACAACUGUCACUACCACUUCGACCACGACGACUAAAACCACCUCCACAAGCACAGAGACAACUGCAAUCACAUCAACAACGAGCACCACCACCAGCACAACAACAGAAACCACAACAAUCACAACGACAACUACUUCAACAACAGAGACGACUACGACAAGUUCAACUACAGAGACAAGUACGACGACUUCAACAACAAGCACCACAACCAGCACAACAACAGAAACUACGACAACAACAGAGACAACUUCAACAACUAGCACCACAACGAGCACAACAACAGAAACCACGACAACCACGUCAACCACAACUACAACAACAGAGACGACUACAACUACUUCAACAACUACCACCACAACUAGCACAACAACAGAGACGACUUCAACAACUAGCACCACCACCAGUACAACGACAGAAACGACGACAAGCACAACAACAACAGAAACAACGACAAAAACAACUACAACCACUUCAACAACUAGCACCAUCACCAGUACAACAACAGAAACGACGACAAGCACAACAACAACAGAAACAACGACAACCACUUCAACAACAGAAACAACUACAACCACUUCAACAACUAGCACCACCACCACAACAACAGAAACGACGGCUACCACUUCAAUAA